UUUGGUACGCUUCCGGGUAAAACGCUUCAUUAUGGUGUGGUCAAAUACCCGCGUGAUGAUUUACACGGGAAUAUAUCUGAAAACGAUUUGAAAAGUUAUGUCGAUGAAGCGUUACAAGCAGCUGUCAAGCUAUGGGACGAUGCAAUUGAAGCAAAGUUUGUGGAGCGAAAAGGCAAAGGCCCGGAUAUACAGAUCUCAUUUUCAACGUUCUAUCACGGCGACGAAUUCCCAUUUGAUGGUAUGGGCAAUGAGAUAGCUCACGCGGGACCAAACGGUCGAAAUUUGAAAUGGGUGCUAGCACAUGAAAUUGGUCAUUCGUUGGGACUGCCACAUACACUUGAGCAGUCCAUCAUGAUGCCCUACUACGGUGGUUACGAAGCAGCCGAGCCGCAUCUAUCCGCUUACGAUAUCGAUGUGAUCCAAAAGUUAUACGGUAAGUUGCAUCUGCUAGUAACAGGUUGUUUUGGGCAGGAAGUAUGA